CAUUGACGCCGGCACAACACACAAUCGCGCGUCGCAAUGGCGAAAAAAGCAAAGUCCCGUACCAUCAUGGUGCGUCUCAUCUCGAUGGCCAUGACGGGCUACUACCGCACAAUGCAAAGACCGCGAGCGCAUCAACCGCUAAGCAUGCUCAAAUACGAUCCCAUUGUGCGGAAGCAAGUACUUUUCCUCGAAGCGAAGCGCGGCAAGAAAUAGCACGCCCACCUCAAUCACGAAACGAGCGCAUACGAACUAUACUACAGCAUAGAAUCUAGGCUGAGAUCGCGACGAACAGCGGAGUAUGCUAGAUGGACGUUGCAAAGAUGGCGGAUGGGAAGGUCUCGCUGCCCCGAACUUCGCCGUGCAGUAAGACCUGAAGGGAAUCGCAUAUAUGUACGCAUAGUGUACCAUACACGCAGCAUGGCCCGGCGUUAUAGAUGGAUUAGUCAAAUACCAGGCAAGUUGCCAUUAAUGGAUCUUGCACACA